CGCUUCGAUCGCAUCGUCGCAAUCUCUUGUCGACAUAUCCUUUCGUUCGAGUAUUUAACCUAACCGUGUCGUAGGAGAAACACAUGGUCGUGCUGCUUAGGUUUACGAGUAAGUAAAACGAUUAAAAUUUAGAUUAAUAAAUAUCUUGUAAUAUUUAUAAAAUAAAUGUAACGAGUGUGACAAAAUGUCUAACGAAGAAGAUAGUGUAAAACAUAAGACGCAUAGAGAACGUAAUGCUGGUCGUAAAGCGGAAAAGAAAAAAGCGAAAAAUCAACAUGUUCAAGAAUUAACGGAUAAACAGAAAAAUCCGAAAGCUUUUACGUUUAAUUCAGCUAUUAAAGCCGAACGACGAUUUAGACGUAAGCAAGAUAUUGAAACUAAAAAACAACAUAUUCCUGUGGUAGAUAGAACACCUUUAGAACCACCACCAAUUUUGGUCGCAGUUGUAGGACCUCCCAAAGUUGGGAAAUCCUUACUUAUACAAUGUUUAAUAAAAAGUUAUGUUAAGCAACCAUUAACUAAUAUAGUUGGUCCUGUCACUGUAGUCUCUGGUAAGAAAAGAAGAAUUACAUUUAUGGAGUGUAAUAAUGAUAUAAGUUGUAUGAUAGAUAUUGCAAAAGUGGCCGAUUUGGUAUUGCUAUUAGUAGACGCAUCUUUUGGCUUCGAAAUGGAGGUCUUUGAAUUUCUUAACAUAUGUCAAGUUCAUGGUAUGCCAAGAAUUAUGGGCGUACUAACUCAUUUAGAUUUAUUUAAGAAUGCAAAACAAUUAAGAAAAACAAAGAAAAUAUUAAAACAUCGAUUCUGGACUGAAGUAUAUGCAGGUGCAAAACUAUUUUAUCUUUCUGGAUUAAUUCACGAUGAAUAUCUUCGCACUGAAAUAAAGAAUCUGGCAAGGUUUAUAUCGGUGAUGAAAUUUAGACCAUUGACUUGGCGUACUUCGCAUCCUUAUAUACUUGCGGAUAGGAUAGAAGAUUUAACAUCACCCGAAUUGAUAAGGAAAAAUGCUAAAGUUGACAGAACAAUAUGUUUAUAUGGGUAUGUUAGAGGAGUUCCCUUAAAUAAGGAAUCUUCCAUUCAUAUUCCUGGUUGUGGAGAUCUUAGAAUUAAAGAUGUAAGUUAUUUACCUGAUCCGUGUCCUCUUCCUGAACAAUUAAAAAAACGUGCAUUAAUAGAAAAAGAAAGAUUAAUAUAUGCACCAUUUUCUGGCAUCGGUGGAAUUGUUUAUGAUAAAGAUGCAGUCUAUGUAGAACUGGCAGGUAGUCAUUCUCAUAAAGAGGAAGAUACAGGUUUAACUGGAGCAUUGAUGGAUACUCGAGAAACAUUAGAUCAAAAAUUACAAUAUAGUGAAUUACAAUUAUUUAGUGAUACUGCUCCAAUUAAAUCUCAGGAUAUUAAUGAAGAUUUUAAUUCUCAUUACAUUGGAGAAAAUGUAGUUGAAGAUGGAAGGGUAAGAAGGAAAGUUAUUUUUCCUGAUUCCGAAGAAACUGCAGCAGUUUCUGAUGAGGAUUCUGAUGGUAGUGAAGAAGAGGAUAAUAAUAUUGAAGAGUUCAAUAAUAAGGAGUUGAAUAAUGAUGAAGAUGAUCUAAAAAAAAAUACAAGUAGAAAAGGUAUUAAAAGAAAAAAUCAGGAUUUACAAUUUAUAACCUCUAGACAGAAAAAGAAGAAAGUUCAUUUUACUAAUUCUAAUGAGGAAGAUAGCGAUGUAGAUGAUGAUCUUGAAGAUAAUGAUAAUAAGGAAGUAAAAAAUAAAACAGAGAUAGAAGUCUAUCAUUCUUUAAGUAAAGAAUCCGAUAUUCAAGUAAAGAAUAAAAUUACCGAAGCUCUUAGUUUUUUAGAGGCAAGUACUAGUAAAAAGGAUAUAGAUGAAAGUGAUAAUGAAAGUGAUAAUGAAAGUUUUGACGAGCUUAGUGAUGAUGAUUCGCGUGGGGAUUUAGAAAUAGAUAAUUCUAAUGAUGAUAAUGAUUUUCAAAAAGAGAGAUUUUCAAAAGAGACAAAAGAUCAUGAUACGGAUGAAAGUGAGGAAGAAAUUGCAGAUGAAUUUAAAUGGAAGUCUAAUUUAUUAGACAAAGCAAAAAAAGCAUUUAUAAAUCGGCGAGAAAGUAAUAAAAGCCUAAUGAAAAUUGUUUAUGGAGUAUUUGAUAAAGGUAUACAGAAUAAUGAUAAGGAAGAAAAGGAACAAGAAGAUGAAAAUGAUAAUGAACCUGUUGGUGGAAUAUUUAAAGUAGUACAAGAGAAACAAAAAGAAAAACUACAAGAACGUGAAUUACAAAAUUUGGACGAAUGUGUGUUCUUUUCAAAAGAACCUUCGCGCGAUUGGUUGGAUGAGGACAAUAAAGUUUUGUUGCUUAAUUGUUUUGUUACUGGUAAGUGGAAAGAAUCUGAAGAUGCAGAGGAACUUUUAAAAUUAGAUGAUAUGGAUGAAGAUGAAGUAUAUGGAGAUUUUGAGGACUUAGAAACUGGGGAAAAACAUAAGGCAGAUGAUUCGCAACAAUCACAAAAUAAUGAAAUAAAUGAAAAGAAAAAGCUUCUUGAGAAGAAAAAGAAAUUAAAAGAACAAUUUGAUGCUGAGUAUGAUAAUGGAGAAUCAAAAUCGUAUUACGACGAAUUAAAACAAGAGGUAGAUAAACAAGCAGAAUUAAAUAAAUCAGAAUUUGAAGGAUUAGAUGAUGAUAUUAGAGUUCAAUUAGAAGGUUAUCGUCCAGGAAUGUAUGUACGAGUAGAGAUACAAACUGUUCCUUGUGAAAUAGUUACAAAUUUAGAUCCAUCGUAUCCACUCAUUAUCGGAGGGUUAUUACAUGGAGAAGAGAAUAUAGGAUAUGUACAAACGCGAAUUAAAAAACAUCGAUGGUAUUCGAGAAUUUUGAAAAGUAAAGAUCCAUUAAUAUUUUCCGUUGGCUGGAGGAGAUUUCAAACAUUACCGAUUUAUUCAAAAUUAGAAGAUAAUUUACGUAGUAGAAUGUUAAAAUAUACUCCUGAACAUGUUGCUUGUAUGGCACAUUUUUGGGGACCUAUUACGCCACAAGGUACAGGAGUUCUUGCAGUUCAGGAUAUUGCUACCAGAGAACCAGGUUUUAGAAUAGCAGGAACUGGAUCUAUUGUAGAAAUGGAUAAAAGUACUCAGAUUAUGAAAAAAUUAAAACUCACUGGUGUACCAAUGAAAAUUUAUAAAAAAACAGCUUUUAUUAAGGAUAUGUUUAACAGUACAUUAGAAGUAGCUAAAUUUGAGGGUGCAAAGAUAAAAACAGUUUCUGGUAUUCGUGGUCAAAUAAAAAAAGCAGUUUCAAAACCAGAAGGUUGUUUUCGUGCUUCAUUCGAAGAUAAAAUUUUGUUGAGCGAUAUAGUUUUUUGUCGUACUUGGUAUAGAAUUGAGGUACCUAAAUUCUAUAAUCCUGUAACAUCUCUUUUAUUACCUCCUGCAGAAAAAAAUCAAUGGCGUGGAAUGAAAACUACUGGUCAAUUAAAACGAGAAAAGAAUAUUCGUGCAACAGUUAACACUGAUUCACUUUAUAUUCCUAUUGAAAGAAGCAUGAAAGUAUUUAAACCAUUGGUUAUACCACGUAAUUUACAAAAGGAACUUCCUUAUAAAGACAAACCUAAAUUUGAAUCUAAUCCUCAUACGCGUAAAACUAAAUUUGAAGAUCGUAGAGUAGCUGUUGUAAGAGAUGCUAAGGAAGAAAACGUAGCACGUCUUAUGAAAAUGAUUAGAACGUCAUAUGCAUAUAAGCAAAAACAACUUAGAAAAGCUACAGUAGACAGGGUAAGAGCCCUUAAAGCACGAGUUACGGCAGAAGAAAGAAGAAAAUUAAAGAAGCAGAAAGAAUAUAAAAAACAGAUCUUUAGAGACCUUAGUAAAUUAGAAAAAAAAAAUAAAAAGAUAUAAUUUCUAAACAGAAAUUUAUACGCAUGUAGUUGGUAGAUUAAAUGUAAUUAAUUGUAUAAAAAAGUCCUCUUUUUUAUGUUAAUUAUAUAUUACAUUAUCAACUUAUUACAAUAAUGUUAUGAAGUUUGCUAAGCUAUUCAUGUUAAAUAUCUUGUCAUUCUUUCCUGUAACAAUUGGUAUUAUUAUUAAUCGAAAUAUUUAUUUUAUUAUCAUAUUUAUACCAAAAUAAAAAGUAUAUGUAUAUACAAACAUAUAUGUUGCAUCUACGCGAUUGGUCAAUUGAUUGUUGAAAUUUGUAAAAAGAUUAUCAUCGAUGAUUACUAGUAAUAGAAAAUUAAUACUUUUAUAUGUAAAAUAUCAAUAAAUAUAUGUUGUUUACAAUAA